CUUGUCCCCAGAAAGAAGACAGGGUAGGGGCUGAGGAUAUGUCCUCACUGCUCCCCAGGAGGGGAUGAAUCAUAGGUGGGGGGCUGCCUCAAGCCAGGAGACAGGCCCCAGCUCUCAGCCCAGGGGCUGAGGGAGAUAAAUGGGCCCUGAAGGGGGCAGAGAGGCAGACCACAGCACAGCACUGCCUGGCCCCAGCUUACCCUAGAGGAGGCUGCUACUGGUAGGACUGGGGUCAAGGGGGAUGGGCAGGGCUUUUGGGGUUGAAUGGAUCUGGGAUUUGGGUCAGUGGAGGUCUCUGAACCUGAGGCGCCCUGGGACCUCUGGCUGCUUCUCUGCCUCAAAGACCCCCAUUCCUGCCUUUCUUUGCCCUGGAUCUACUACAAGCUUUCUUGCUCACACCUCAGGCUCCCCUUUGGUCCCUCUGUGUUUCUCUCUCUUUGCAUCCUUAUUUCCAUCGCACUGUCUCUGGGGCAGUUUCUGUCUCUUUUUUCUUCCACUCUCCAUUUGCUCCGCCUCCCUCUCAUGCAUUUCCAUCUCUUUCUCCCUCUCCCUCUCUCCUCCCUCCCUCCCUUUCUUCUUCUUGUUCUUGUUCUUCCUCCCUCCCCCCCAUCUCUCUCUCUAUAAAAUAUAUCCAUAUCUAGAUGUACCUGUGGCUCUCUGUCUCUGGGUUUCUCCAUCACUUUGUCUAUCUCUGUCUCUCUCACUCGCUUUCUCACUCUUUCUGUCCCUCUGACCCCUUCUCUGCCUGGCUCUGUCUGUUUUCUCUGUCUCACUCUGGCUCUCUUCUUGUCCCUUCAUCUCUGUUUCUGUCUCUCUCUGUCCCUGGCCUGGCUGCUCUCUGUCUCUCUGCUUUCCCCAUCUGUCUCUGUCCAUGGGCCAUAGCUGACCAGGGCCCCUGCCCUGAACCUGUUUUCUCCUCACAGCCUGACCACACGAUGACCAGGUGGGCUCUGCUGGUGCUGAUGGUCCUGACAUUGGGCAGGACUUUGCUUGUCCCAGCAACCCCUAUCCCAGGCUCCCGGCUCCUCCCUCAGAACUUUCCCCAGGGCACUCCCUGCCCUGUGACCUCGGAGAGCCCUUUAGCCAGCACCACAGGCCCCUCCACUGUUUGGGGCCACCCUGGCCCUGGGCCCCGCAUCACCCUCUUGCUGGAUGUCCCCCUUGGCCUCCUGCAGAUCUUACUGGAACAGGCCCGGGCCAGGGCAGUGAGGGAGCAGGCUGCUGCCAAUGCCCACAUCUUGGCCCACGUUGGCCGCCGCUGAGCCUGAGGGAGGGGAUCACAAUGAUGGAGCCAGCGUGGAUGGGGAGACCUGCAAGGCAGCGGCAGAGCUGGACGGUACUACAUCUGGGCACGGUGCAUCAGGACUCCGCCACGUGGGGUCACUGCCAUGUGGUGUCAUAUCAGAGUGCCUCACAGAGUCACAGUGUGUCUGGACAGCCUGGAUGUUGCUGUGUCAGGUUGCCAGGUGGAGUCUUGCCACUCCUAGGAGCCCCACAGGCUUACAGUAGGUCUGGACAGCUUGGACACUACCAUUGAAGGUCACUACCGCAUGGAGUCUUAUCAUGUCUGGGUCCCACUUGUGUCCAGUCACAGAGCAUCUGGACACCAUCACAUGUGGUCACUGUAAUGCCACUUUCAGGCACCUCAACACAAGAGACCAUCACUGCAUCGGAGACCAGCCCACCUAAGACCAGACCCACAGGUCUGCCCU